AUGUGUGCAGCAACUGGACGCUGCCCAUCUGCUCUCUGCGGCAGCAGCUGUGGGCAGGGGGCAGCGUGCUCCUCGGCACCGUACUGGGACGGGGCAAAUGGCGGCGGGGAGGCUGGUCGGCAGGAGGAGAGUUUUUUUGAAGCAGUGAAAAAAGCAGGGCGGCAUGCCUGCCUGCAAGCGCUGUACACAUGCUUGGCCGAGGGAGCAGACGUCAACGCGAAACGCGGCAUUGGCUUGACAGCGCUUCACUGGGCUGCCUGGAAGAACCCAGACCCUGCAGCGGUGCGCGCCGUGACUGCGGCUCUGGUGGCCGAGGGCGCUGAUGUGCGGGCCAAGGACCAGCAAGGCGCUGAGCGGCUGCACUGGGCAGGCUGGAACAACAACGCCGAGGCAGCAACAGCGGCAGUGCUGGCGCUGGUGGCGGCAGGAGCGGAUUUGCGUGCCAGAUGCAAAGACGGCGCUGAGCCGCGGCCGUUGCACACGGCAGCACUCUGCGGCAACGCUGCGGGGGCAGCAGCGGCUGUGCAGGCGCUGGUGGCGGCAGGAGCAGAUGUGCGGGCGAAGGACAGAGAUAGCGAUGAGCCACAGCACGCGGCACAAAACAGCAAUGCUGAGGCAGCAGCAAUGGCGGUACAGGCGUUGGUGGCGGCCGGUGCAGACGUGCGUGCCAGGCGCAAUGACGGCGCUGAGCCGCUGCACCGGGCAGCACUCAACGGCAAUGGUGUGGCGGCAAAUGCUGCAGUGCAGGCGCUGGUGACGGCUGGCGCUGCUGUGCGUGCCCGUGAUAAGCAUGGCUCUGAGCCGCUGCACGCAGCAGCAAUGAACAACAAACCAGCGGCAGCCGUAAUGGCGGCUCGGGCUCUGCUGGAGGCGGGGGCCUGCCGCACCGCAGUCAACAGGGAUGGCUGCCCACCCUGGCUGCUGGUGCUGGAGCGCCCGGAUGCAGCGCAAUGCGGCCAGCUGCUGCAGCUGCUACUGCCACCUGGGGAGCUCCACCUGAGCAGCCCAGCCCUCCAGCGCUUGGCAGUGGCAGCAGGCGCGCUGCCAGCCGGUGCCGGCAGCAGGCUGUUGGCAGCCGUCAUCCACCAGCUGCUGUCGCCCUCGCAGCCAGCUGGUGCAGAAGCGCAAAACCGCAAGUGUGUGGUGUGCUGGGACGCGCCGCGCAGCGUGGCGCUGCUGCCCUGCGGCCACCUGGCGCUUUGUGCCCGCUGCGCGGAGAGGCAGGAUGUACGGGAGCGGUGCCCUGUGUGCCGCAACGUGUGUACCGGUACUGUCACCAUCUACCACCCCUGA